AUGGUACCAAAUAUGUUGUCAAAAGAAGAAUUAGAAAAUCUUGAUUCUACAUUAUUGAGUGAGGAACCAGUCAAAAAAUUUGGAUGUGUUAUUGUUGGAGAUAAUUUUAGUAAAACAUUUACACCCCCACUAUUAGAUGAUCCAUGGGUUGGUCAAAAAUUGUGUGGUCUUCCAUUAAUAGAUUUUAUUCUUAUAAGUCUUGCCCGAACACCAGUUACUAAUGUUGUUGUAAUGUCAAGUAAUUUUCCAAAUAAAUGGAAAGAAUAUUAUUCAAAAAAGUAUUAUAAUCAUUUUUGGAAAAUAAAUUUUGUUGAACAAAAGACUGCCAAUUGUGUUGGAGAUAUUUUGAGAGAAGUUAGGCAAAGAAAUUUGUUAAAUAUGGAUUUUAUUUUAAUUCCUAAUAUUUUAACAUUAAUUUCUGGUGAUUUUAAAAAAGAAAUCAGUGAAUUUGAGGAGGGUAGAAUCAAGAAUCAUAAUCAUUUAAUAACAUGUUUAUAUGUUCAAAGUCAUGAUUCACAAAAUUUAUUUGUAAUAAAUUCAGAAAAUGCUAAAAUUGUAAAUUUUCAUACUGAUGUAAAGUCUAGAAAAACUAAAAUUAAAAAAAAUGCUUUUACGGAAAAUUUACAAUACUGUUCUAAUUUAAAACCUUUACCAUUAUGGAUAUGUGGAAAGGAGGUGUUUGAUGUUUUUGGAGAAAAUUUUGAUUUAACAGAUAUUGAAGAUGUGAUGAGGCACAUAUUAGCAAAUGAAGAAGUAAUGUGUGUAUAUACAUGUAUGCGUCAAGUUUCCGGAAAUUCUUAUGCUGCUGAGGCAAAUGAUUUUAUUGAAUGGAUUGGUCUUCAAUCAAAAUUUCUCCGAAGUUGUUUUUAUCCUUUAAAACCAAUUCAAGUUGCUGUAGAUAAUAAUCCAAACGUCAAUUUACUUCAACUUUACCAUUCUGUCUACAUUGGACAUAACAGAAAAGAUUUAAAUUUUAGAUCUAAAGGAGUCACAACAAGUAAUUCAAGAAGAAGUUAUAUUGGAUGGGUACCAAAUAAAUCUGCUGACCUUCAAUUAGAAAUUAUUGAUUCUAGCAUAGCUGGAGCUGUUAAUUUGGUUAAGGGAUCAUCAUUCAAACAUUGUAAAAAUUGUAAAAUUGGGAAAGAAGUGUUUAUUGGAAAUGAUGUAACUAUACCUGAUAAUCAAGAGAUUCAUGAUAAUGCUAUGAUUUUUUCUAAACCUGUUGAACAUGAUGAUAAUCGUUUUAUCUCAACAAAAAAUGGAAAUUACUACAUUUGGAAAACAACAAAAGAUGUACAUUUAUGGCAAAAAAAUAAGGAAGCUUUCAAUUUUAAAUGUAUAGUCAAAGAUAUAUUUACCAAUUUUGAUGAAAAUAAAAACAGUGAUGAUGAAGUAGACAAUACAGACCACAUUGGAGAUUCAUCAAUCAAAACAGAACAAAAUUGUCUUGAGACAUUUGCUAUUGAAGUAAAAGAUUCAAUGUUAGCAACACUACAAUCAAGUAAUCCAUUUGACAAAGGCAAUAUUAGUAGUUUAAUAUUAGAAAUAAAUAGUUCAAAGAUGGUACAUAAUGUUCAUAUGGAUGGAGUUUGCCUAACAGUCAUGACAACUCUUUUACAAAUUGAAGAAAAUAUGACAUGGAAAAGAUUAAAUGAACUUCUUACUGGAUGGAAACCGAUUAUAAAAAAUUAUUUUAAUGACCAUCAUUCAAUAAAAUUAAUACUAGUUGCUAUUGAAGAUAUCGUAAAGAAUAAUGAUACAUUAUCUAAAUUAAUGGUAAAAGUUAUACAUAUGUUAUACAAUGAAGAUAUUUUAUCAGAAAUGGUUGUUAUUGAAUGGUAUGAAAAAUUAGCAGAAGAUCAUAGAUUAAAAGCAGAUAGUAAAGUUUUAUAUGAGUGGUUAUGCCAAGAUACUGAAGAUGACUCUGAUGAAUAA